CGAAUACUUCGUACCAGUUUCAGACGCCUCUCGAUAACACAAUAUCACCACUUGGUAUGGAUUAGAGCGUAACCAAUACUCGCAUCUCUCGCAACAUACCUUGACCAUGCGUCCAUCAAUCGAUAGGCCACUCCUUGAGGAGCCAUGGGCUAAGAGACUGAGAAUAACGAGAUCCCGAAGUGUCAAAGCCCAGGAACGGCGGGCCUCUGAUCACCUCCCCUCUCCGAAGCCAACGAACCCUAGCAGCACCGACAACGUCUCGUCGUCCUCGUCAUCUGUUGACCACAAGGCACACCAAACGCAGAAUACAGCCCAGUCUCUCCGAGAACGCCUCGCCCCACUGCCCAAGAAACCCACGCCUUUAUCACCGGUUAAAAAUGUGGCCGUUAAGAAGCCCCCUUCCAAGCCUUCCGUCGCCCCCUUUUUCCGGCGCAUUGAAGCCGCCUUCCAAGACAAGCCAGCAACCUCCACCAAACUAAACCAUACACCCACCGCAGCCCAAGCCUCAGCUCGCUCCCCAUCGCCCAGUGCAGACGACCUAAUCCAACAACUCAAAGAACACUACCUCCAAACCGCCACGACCCUGCACAAGAGCGCCACCUUACGCCUCGCCCAGACGCACGCGGACCUCACCCGCCAGCUGACACAAUCACUCAGCACCAACGGCGCCGCCGACGCGGCCUUCCUGGACGAGACGGAGGCGCGCAUCAAGAAGCUGGCCCAGCCGCUGGACACGUUCCGGAUCCGCUCGCAGCAGCGCGGCGCCGACGGGGCGCUGCGCGCCGAGGAGGAUAGCGUGGGUGACUUGGUGGCUCGUGCCGAGGACCAGGUGAGGGGGUUUGAGACGGAGGUGGCGGGGCUGUGGGCCGAGUGGGCGGCGGCGGAGGGGGAGGUGAAGGAGUUGCUGAAGGGGGUUGCGGGGUGUGUUUCUGGUUCUGGUCCUGGUUCUGGUUCUGGAGGUGGGGAGGGGGGAGGUGAAGAGGGUGUUGGUGGGGUGGAUGGGGAUGAUGAAGGGGAGGUGAUGGUGAAGCGGUUUAGGGAGGCGAUUGAGCGGGAGAUUGUGGAGGCUGAGGAGGAGGUGGUAGAGAUCGGGGAGGAGGCGGUGGGGGUGAUGAAGGAUAUUGAGAAAGUGAGUUGGGGAACUGGGUCGAGGGGUUGUUGGUUGCUAACAAGGGAGCAGGAUUUCAGGAAGGCUACGUUGCCUGAUUUACACACGUUCUUUCAGUCCAUUGAUGAGCCGUGAGGCUGCCCGGGCGUCGGGCUGGUAAUUUGGUGGAAUUUGGGGUUGCCUGUUUGUGCUGGCAUUUGAUUCAAGUUUUGCUUUUUACUAUGUGUAGCUUAUGGCUUGAGAAGUUGUUUGAACCAGUUCUCCCAAGCAAUGUGGAAAUCGAUGGAGAUCAUGAAUGAAGCUCUUGGAGGCCAAUGACACGGCACAGCGCUGAGUUCUGAGACAUGCUUGCCUUCUGUUUCUUCGUAUAGUAGGUUUCAAAUCUGUAACUAUGUUUCUUGUGGACGGCACCAGAGGUCCAGACUCAGUCUAACUUCAGCCAUGAAGGCGGGGUCCUGCAUGGUGCUUCUUUGGGUUCACCCC